AUGGCAAGAGGUGGAGGUCGUGGUGGCGGUCGCAAGCCAUUUCGCGGCAAGGGUAGAGGUCGCGGCGGCGGUGGUGGUGGAGGAGGAGGACGAGAUACUCGCUCGGAGCCAUGGGCCAACAUUGAGCGCAAGAAUGAACUCUUCGAGAGCUACUACCGCUUGGGAGGAUUUCUCGAAGAAGCAGAAUUCGAGCAGAUGUGGAAGGCUCUCCAAGCCGACCUGCCCAACAGCUUCCGCUUCACUGGCACAAAGUCCGAUGCUCUUGCAGUGCGCGAGAUCUUCAAGCAGCGAUAUAUUCCAGCCAUCGCAUCCAAGCAGUUUGAAGGCAAGCCCGUAUCGCCCCCAGAGCCAGUACAAGCCUUCCCAGACGAGCUCGUAUGGCACAUGAAGACCCACAAGAAGGUCAUUCGACGACAUGCGCCCUUUGCCGAUUUCCAAAAGUUCCUUGUCGCAGAAGCCGCAUCGGGUAAUAUCAGCAGACAGGAGGUCGUCAGUAUGAUUCCACCACAUUUCCUCGAUGUCAAGCCGGGUAUGGUAGUCCUCGACAUGUGCGCAGCACCGGGCAGCAAGUCGGCACAGUUGGCUGAGAUGAUUCAUGGCGACGAGGAAGAGCGCGUACAACGGGUAGCAAACGGCGAGUCUGUCGAUCUGGCCGAAGAUGGUGACUACACCGACGACGGUCGCUCAACUGGCCUGCUCAUUGCGAACGACUCCGACUACAAGCGUGCCGGCAUGUUGGUCCAUCAGGUCAAGCGACUCAACUUCCCCAAUCUCAUCGUCACCCAACACGACGCCUCCAUUUUCCCUUCGAUCGAACUGCCAAGCGUCGACGGUCAGAAGAAGCAGUACUUGAAGUACGAUAGGAUUUUGGCUGACGUACCAUGCUCCGGUGAUGGAACAGCUCGUAAGAACCCUAAUGUGUGGCAAAAAUGGACGCCGAAAGAUGGACUUGGUCUGCACGGUCUUCAACUUCGCAUUCUGUUCAGAGGACUACAGAUGUUGAAGAAGGGUGGCCGUCUGGUAUACUCGACCUGCAGUUUGAACCCUGUAGAAAACGAGGCUGUUGUUGCAGCAGCUAUUGAAGCUUGCGGCGGUAACUCCAAGGUCCAGUUGGUAGACUGCUCAGAUCACCUACCAAAUCUCAGGCGAAAACCUGGUCUCAACGCGUGGAAAGUCUUGGACACAACAUCAACUACUGCAGGAGGAGAAAAGACUGCUCACAUGUUCACCAACUGGGAGGCAUUCCAAAAGGCAAAGGCAAAGUACGAGAUUGAAGAGCCAGAACGCCAGUUCUCUCAAAAGAUCACUCCUGGAUGUUUCCCGCCAGUGCCCAAGUCUCCUGAAGAGCGCAUUCCACUAGAGCGCUGCAUACGUGUCUACCCACACUUGCAGGAUACUGGUGGUUUCUUCAUCGCCAUUCUUGAGAAGCUAGACGAUAUCAAGAUUGCACAGGUGCAGAACCCGGAGAACCUGGCCAAGGCUCAACGCGGUCAGGCACAUGCCGACACGACUACUGACUCAUCCGUCCCAACUCCGACUGAGAACGUAAUCGAAGCGGAUGCCACCAAGACGGAGUCUACAGACGAAGUUCCAGAGGUCGCAGCCCCCCUAAAGCAAAAUGGUUCAGCACAAACACAGGACGCCAAGCCCGCAGCCAACGGCUCAGUAGCCCGACUGAAGCCUGAGAACCAGUCCCAGGCCAAGGAGUACUUUGAGUACCUCCCCUCGGACGACGAGACCAUUGCCUCUAUCAUGGAUUUCUUCGGCAUCGACAGCCGCUUUCCACGCGACCGCUUCAUGGUCAAGAACAAAGAAGGACUCUCCCUCAACAAAAUCUACUACACCUCAGCCAUGGCCAAGACGAUCAUCUCGCAGAACAAGGACCGCGGUAUGAAGUUCAUCCACUGCGGCGUCGUCAUGUUUGUCGCCCACAAGAUCAAAGAUAUGGACCGCACGCAAGCACCCUGGCGCCUCCAAAACGAAGGAAUCCGCAUCCUGGAACCCUGGGCCCACAAGCGCAUCGUCAAGCUCGAAAGCAAAGAAACCCUCCACCAACUCAUCCGCGAGAUGUUCCCCAAACUACCAAAGGAAGGCGACACGGGCCUCGGUGAAGUCGGCGACCAACUCCAGCAAAUGGACGUUGGAUGCUGCUUCGUCCGCGUCGAAAAGGACGAGGAACAGGGUAUUCCUUUCCGCAUGGUCCUGCCCCUUUGGAGACAUCCUGGUAGUGCCAACCUCAUGGUCGACAAGGACGAUCGCAAGGCCAUGUUGCUCAGGCUGUUCAACGAGAAGGAUACCGAGAUUAUCAAUCAUGUGGCUGACAAGGCAAAGGCGGAGAAGGAGGCCAGGGAUGCCGAAGAGGCGGGCGAGCAGGACGCUGCAAAGACGGGCGAUGUGAGUGAUGGCGAGCAGGCUACUGAGGACAUGGUUGCGGAUGAGGAGGAGGGCGGUGUCAAGCUUGAUGCUGAGAACGAAGACGUCGAAAUGGCAAAUGGUGACGCGUAG